AUGUCCUCGAAUCUGAAAUCCGGACGGAUAAUUGCGUCCGAGUUUGGACGAGUGCUGGAAGCCUUUAAGUUGACCAAUCCGUCUGAUCCUUUGAAGAAAUUCACCUUGCGUGCCGAGAUAAGCACCUUUCUUACCAUUGGCGUGGAACAGGUCGUAGUUGGCCACGUUGAUCGACUGAUCUGUCGACCAGGAUCCCCAGAACCGCUGGUUACCGCUCAUUCCAAUUGUUCCAGGCAUUGCCUUCGUGGUCGCAACACAGGUAAAAACAAAUUUGCCGUCACAGACCACGUAAGACCCAUCUUGGAAGUCCUGGGGAGACACGGCCACGCAAUUGGACUUUGCGAUUUCGUUGUCCGGAGAAUUUUUCACAACGAGCGCGCGCGCGGCAGAGUUGGCAUGUCUUCUGAACGACUCCAACAGAGUCAAGGCGCUGAGAACACCUAUCAAAACGCCAACGGCAAGACCGUUAGAGAGUCCGAAUCCCUCUGCGACGCUGGUGACACCGGCAACAAUCAAAGCUCCGGUGGUGGCAGCCACAGGAAUAAUCUUGCCAAGUUCUUUUCCAACAGCAGUGUCUCUGUGACCAAUCAUGGAAAUGUCCUGUUCCUUGAACUGUUUGGCAAGGUCUCUACCAGAAGAGCCCGAAAUGUUGCUCCAGGACUUGGCGAACAACACAGACACAAUCACAGUGAACAACGAGAAGGUGAUUGGUCUUACCAGCAAGUGGAUUGGAGAAAUGUUCUUUGGAGAAGCAGAAAUGAAGUACAAGAAUCCACACGUGAGAUUAUAAGUGGAAGAGGUGAACUCGUCCAGCUUCCAUUGUCCAAUGUAUUUUGCGAAUGGAGCAGUGUUGAAAAUUCUGGUGACGGCAAAACCAAUGAUGUUGAGGUUGUACAACACGGCGUAAGUAAACACCAAUGGCAAAGCUCCACAAUAAAGCAGCUUGAUUGGGUACACAGAAGCCAUGGAUCUAACUUUGGCGGACUUGAUUGGGAUGUCGACUCUGCAGUUUCCAAAGUAGAUAGCCACUCCCAAGGCUGCCAACGCAAUGUAGAUCUGGGUCAAGUUUGCCAGGUUUUCUCUGGUAAAGGCCUCGUAGAUGGCCAAUCCAAACGACUUAUUUCUGAUGUUUCUGAUGAGUUGCACCAAAGCACCGUGAGAUUCCCAGCCUCUGGAAGUGACAGAGGUGGUUAUACCAACGAAAGAGGUAGCGAACUGAGUAGCAGACCACGCAGUACUCAAGGCCAAAAUACCAGGACCAAACCCGUAGCCCUUGUCGAGCAGUUCCACCAAAAGAGCGGUGAUCAGAGCCAUGAAAGACAGCUGAACAAUGUAGGUGAGUCUUCCCCAAAUUGGCACCGACUCCUGGGAGGUAAACUGGUCAACAGGGUCAAAGUAGCCGGCAAAGGUGAGCAAGACAGAGUACACCACGGCAAUGAGCACAGCGGUCAGCUUCUGCCAAGAUUGGAACAAUUCUCUGUCGGUUCUGGAUUCAAAGCUGACUUUCACAAUCUUCAAACCAGCCAAUAUCUGCCACAAGAAACCAGCAGUGACAAUAGGCAACAGACCGAAUUCCAAGGCUGUACCUGCUUGGGAAGCAAACGGGGUACGUAG